AUGAUCACAGACACCAACACGGCCGUAUUGCAACUAUUCCCCAAUGGCGGAUGGGACGUUCACCACCACAUAUUCGAGCCCGAGAGAUUCCCCUACUCCCCAGACCGACACCUCACACCACCCCCAGCAACAAUCAAACGCUACAAUGACUUCAAGCGACAAAUCGGAAUCACCAAUUCCGUCCUCACCCACGGCCUCUCUUACGGCUCCGACUGCACCUGCUUGACAACUUUCACAACAGAUCUAGGUCCGGACAUCACCCGCGCCAUUGGAGUCAUUGAUCCGGAGACAAUCACUCCCUCUCAACUCAAAGGGAUGCAUGACGCAGGCGUCCGCGGCAUCCGAGUCAAUCUCUACCAUUACAAUGCGAUGCACGAUCUAGAAUUACAGAAAGUUGCUCUGCGCGCUCACGCAAAUGCACUCCAGAGCUCAUGCAAAGGCUGGAGUAUGGCGUUCACGCAUGUCCAUCCGGAAUUUUGGCCGGAUCUCAAGCCUGUUAUUGUGAAUGAUAUUGUGCCGAAAGGUAUUCGGCUUGUUACUGAUCAUUUUGCUCUGCUGAAAGGGGCGAGUAUGCUUCCGGUUGAAUGUCGGGGUGAUAUCACUAAACAGGAUGGAUUUGAGGCGUUGAUUGAGUUGAUUCGGGAUGGUCAUUUGUUCGUUAAGAUCAGUGCGCCGUACCGCGUGAGUAAGGAGGCGCCUUACUUUGAGGAUACGAAGCCUCUGGUUCGUGCGUUCUUUGAUGCCAAUCCGCGACAGAUCUUGUGGGGGAGUGAUUGGUAUGUUGCUUUGCACUUGUGA